UGCUCAGCCCUUUGUUUUGCUCUGAUCAGCAGCCACUCAACCAUGGGAAACAGACACCAGCACAGAGGGUCGCAUCCCGAAAACGGAGAGACGGGCCGGGGAAACGGCCCCACGCCGGGGAAGGACUAAAACUCUGCGUAGACCGAGCAGAACAGUCCAGAUUUUUCACCCCCCAUGUUUCCCCUUUUGACGAUCUGAGCCCCCCCCCCCCCGCUCUGCCCCAGCUACCUUCCCAAAUGUCCCUGUGAAUGGCUUAGAAAUGCUGGCAGGCAGCGGAGAGACUCCAAAGACGGAAAAUCUGUUUCUGGUUGUAUUAUUGUUGUUUUGUUUCGCAGCACAUGAUCCUCCCCUUGCACAGGGAGUGGCUUAGCCCUGAAGCCUGUUUGUAGCAGUAGCGUGUGGAUCAAGCCAUAGGACGCAGAGCAAAGGGGGAGGACUAAUUCUUCACGGAUACUUGAAAGGGUUUGAAAGGCCGUAUCUUCAGUGACGCAAUGACGGGUGAUAACUCCGUAUUUCCAGGUAUAUCUUCGUGUAUUUCAUUAUCAGCCGUGUGCAAAUACGAUGUAAUUAAGGUGCAGUCUCUCCUCCCUAUUCUACAGGUGAGAUGGUGCUGCCUAGGCUGAUGGAAGCGUCUCCCCGUGACAUCACAAUGCCCAAUUUGCUACAUCGCUGUUUGUAUUUCACGAUCAGCUGUGGCUCUGCAGCUCGGCAACCUGCCACAAGGAGAAUUCAGAGCAGCACCGAAGAACCUCAGACCGCUUCAGAAUUUGCUGUGAACCACUAUCUGUGAUAUCAAGGGCUUUGGAAGACACCUUAAAUACAUACAAAUAUAUUUUAUAAUUAGAAACAACAGCAUCAAAAGGGGAAACUUGAGACACCAAAAAAGACCAACAACAUGAAGUUCCAGUACAAAGAAGAUCAUCCUUUUGAAUACAGAAAAAAAGAAGGGGAGAAAAUCAGAAAGAAAUAUCCAGACAGGGUCCCUGUUAUUGUGGAGAAGGCACCCAAAGCAAGAGUACCUGACCUGGACAAGAGGAAGUACCUUGUGCCUUCUGACCUCACAGUUGGCCAGUUCUACUUCUUAAUCCGAAAGCGGAUCCACUUGAGGCCAGAGGAUGCCCUAUUCUUCUUUGUCAAUAACACCAUCCCUCCCACCAGUGCUACCAUGGGUCAGCUGUAUGAGGAUAACCACGAGGAGGACUAUUUUCUGUAUGUGGCCUACAGCGAUGAGAGUGUCUACGGCAAGUGAGCGCUGGUCUCCAGGCGCACAGGCAUAAUGGACUGACAGGAAUGGUGGGGGGGAGGGGGAAAUCCACGUCAGAGAGGAGGAAGAUUGAGCAGAGAGAGAACUGGAAAAGAACCACAUAUACAAUGCCAUCAUUUUCACACAGUUGAUUAUCAUUAUUACUGUUAUUGUUACUUUUACAGCGGGAUGGGGGGAGGAGACGCAGCUCGAUGGAGUGAUCGGACUGGCUGACAGAAGGUUCUGAGCUAUGUGACUGGGAGGUUCCCCCUGUAGCAUUCUGCGCCCUGCCAUGUGUGGGAAUUCUGUUAGCUAGUAACAGGGCCUUGGUAAGCAAGCCAGACUCUCACACCUUCCAGGUAGUAGUUGGGGAGGGAGGGAAGGAGUGCUGGGUGGCAGUAAUGUGUGUGCACAUUCUCUGGAUGUGGGAGUGAGUAUACUGUACUGUCCCUCUCAUGCUUAUCUUCACCAUCUAGAGUGGGCAUUCAAGUGAGCCAUGUGCUUUGGUGCUCUGUGUGCCCAUAUGAAGUCCCUAUGCUGGGCAUCCUCAUUUUAGUUGGUGCCCACAAAUAGUUCCCCUACUUCUCCGUUAACCUUUCCUUCACCAAGGGUUGGGAAUUACCCAGGCUGAGAUGAGGGAGGUGAGAUUUUUUUUUUAUUAUUAUUUUAAACUGCAUUCUCAAGUGUUCUACCAAACAUGUUGAGACCAACUCCUUCUGCCCCUUCUUUUGCAGCCCAGCCUGGUACAUAAACCCUUUGGAUUUAGUUUUCCCCUCCAUGUCUCUUGCAUGCCCUUUAAGAGCAGAGUAUUUCAUGGCCCUGCACACAUUCUAACCUGAGUUCCUGUUGUUGGGCAAUUCUACCACACUGUGGCUAAACAGUGGUAUUUAUUGGCGGAGGGGAGAGGUGUAGUCUGAACAACAUAAGGACAGGUACCUUAGAUAUAUGUAUUUUUUUCUGAGCCAGUGUUGUCCUUACAAAAGUACCGAGAGAUCUCAUCCAAUGCAGGACUUAAGCUGUGAGGCCAAAGCAGUGCCUUCUGAGUUGCACACCCAGUGGAUGUUCCUAGAAUUACCAUUAGUCAAAUUGGGGGGUAGGGAGGGAGUUGAAUUUUGGGAAAGCUUUAUGUUGGAAUUUGAGCAAUAAUAAAAUAAUUGAAUUUAAUUACUGUAAACAUUCCUCUAUUGAUGGGGGUUGGAGGGAGGGACCUAGAGGUGGGGAGAAGACUGACCCCAGAUGAAAUGUGGGAGACAUAGAAUAUCAGGGUUGGAAGGGACCUCAGGAGGUCAUCUAGUCCAACCCCCUGCUCAAAGCAGGACCAAUCCCCAUUUUUUCCCCCGAUCCCUAAAUCGCCCCCUCAAGGAUUGAGCUCACAACCCUGGUUUAGCAGCCCAAUGCUCAAACCAUUGAGCUAUCGGUCUCCUUUGAUAAACGCUCUCUUUUCAUAAGAUGAUUCUACCCCAACUCCCUAUAUUUUCCUGGGGAGUUGACAAUGGGGGCUGAAAAAUCAGGGUUAGCACUUCACUCAAGCAGAGAAAUAAACAAGCAGCUAACCUCUGGUGAUGUGUGUGAAAUUUGUCCUAAGAUUUCUCUAACUUUUUGAACUGUUGUUCCACUAAAAUGGAUAGGAAUAGAAAGAGCAUGUUGUAGAUCAGGAUAGAGGGACAUUGGUCGGGCGGUGUGGGAAGCCCAGGACUGGAAAAGCAGGGUGGGCUGCAGGACAGGAUUGAGGGGCAUUGGCAGGAGGUACUGCAGUGAGGACUGAGAUGCAUUGCUUUAGAAAGGGGAACAAGAGGAGAAACAUAUAGAUAAGCAUUCCCUACUUGCAUCCUGAAUUCAGGUUUGCUCUUCCAUCGCCCACCUCAUGGGAUAAUCCUCCUGGGAUGAUCGCACACUCAAAAUAUCAUUAUAGAUCACUUGGGUGUUGCCUAGGAUGUCAUGACAUAAUUCUCCCCCAGCCCUCUUCCCUCCACUCCUCUCUGUUUAUUGGGGUAUUUCUUUAUCCUUUGGUUGGAAAUCCAUGUUGACCUUUCAUUUCACAAGCUCUGAAUGUUCUCACGGUUAGAAAAAUCCCUUUGGGUGAAGGCUUGCUGGGGGCAGCGGCGGCCAUUGCACUUCUCUCCCCCAGUCUUGUGCUUGCUCACACACUUACCUCUUACUUAAAUGUGUUCUCUCUCACUCUCGCAUGCUCUUGCUCGUGCAUGCCCCGGGGGAGACAGCUGCAAUGUGGGGUGUUUGAUUUGGUGUCCAUACCUCCCCCUCGCACCGUGAUGUUUGUGGGAAUAAUUCUGGCCAUUUGUUACAUGUGGGGGUUUUAUGUUGGGGUUAGUUUGUUUAGGUUAUCUUAACUGGAUUGUGGCAUUUAAUUCUGUUUUCGCUAUAGUCUAAUAUUGUAAAAGGCAAUGACGAUAUUUUUUUUUCUGUGUCAGUUAUUCUAACCAGCUGCAGGUUCUUGUAAAAUAAAGUUCAUAUUGUAUGGGCUAAAUCAACCGAUCAAUAAAGACACAUUUGAAAAUCA